UUUUAACAAAUCGUUUCCGCCAAGCGUUACGCCAAUCUAAUUAAAAAAACUGUGGGAAAUUUUUCCAAAUUUUUCUAUAACAGUUCGUAAAUCGUUAGUUUCUCAUUCGUACAUUUGGAUCUGGGAGAUAAGGCGACACGCAGAACGAGCGUUGACUGAACUGUAUCCUUUUUCACGGAAAAUUGAUCUAUUUCUAGAAAACUUCACAUUUCUUAUUUUUAAAUUGAAAAUUCUUCUACUAAAAUCAUAUAAAUUUGCAGAUUUUUACGGUAAAUUUAUAAUAAGUAGUUGUCGAGCUCCAUUCCUAGUUGGUGUCACGUUUUUUUCGGCACUAUAAAAGGGGGUCGACAGCUAAAAAUGUUUGGGAAACACUCCCUUAAAAUAACGCCAGCGCACGCGAACGACCUUUGAUCGUCUUAAUGUAUAUCUUCCUCGCCCGUUAAUUGUUUAAAGUGGACAAAACAAUAGAAGCACGUAAAUGUUUCUCGGAAUAAAUUACAGAGUUAAAAAAAAAAGAAAGAAACUCCAUUAUUUCGCAUUAAUUUCCGAAUAUUUUAAAGGCGAACGGGCGUCGAAAGGAAUCAUUUUUAGCGACGUCGGGACGAGAGGAUAUUUCAUUAAUGAAAAUGGAAUUGAAAGAUUCAAUGAAUUUAUCCUUUUUGGAAUCGAUCAGUACGGAUCUUCUGUGAGGAGGAAGAUGCCGAGUUUCGUCACGUCCUUGACGUUCAGUAAAGGAGAGAUCGCGUAAACACUUUACAUUAGCCGUUCGGCUUACCAAUAAUCACGGCUCAAGAGUUCAAGGUGGCGACGUGAGCGUCGCACUAGCGCCACUUUUGUCGGUGCGACGAGUUCGAAUGCCAUCAUUUUCUCGUUGGAGUUUGAAAGUGAACUUCGAUAGAGGAAAAAGAUGCCAGAAAAGAAAGAAUCUAUGUUAGAUACGAACGAAACGGUGAAUAAAGAUAAUGCCAAUAGUUGCAGUAACGAUUUUCAAGGAAGUCCGGAAGAAAAGAAGGAUGUUGCAACAGAUCAACAUUCGGGCAAGAAAGACGGCCAAAAAAAUACGAAAAUAAUUAAAAGAAUAAUUAAAGGAGUUAAAAAAGACAAGAAUGAUCCAUUACGAUUUGUAGACGGAGUAAACUUUAGGGGAAAAUUAAUUGGAGUGGAAGAAGUAAAUGAUGCUAGAGGAGACAGAAUAUGUCAAGAUUCUUUACAGAAAUUAAAAGCUAUUGUCAAGAGUUCUGGAGAACAUAAACAAAAGGUGUUAUUAAAUAUCUCUUUUCAAGGAAUAAAAAUAUCUGAUGAAAAAACUAAUGAGAUAAUUUAUCAACAUCCUGUACAUAUGAUAUCAUUUACAUCCCUAGAUGUCAAUGAUAAUAGAGCUUUUGGUUAUAUCUGUGGAACUACAGAAGAAGGCCACAAAUUUGUUGGAAUUAAAACAGAAAAAGCAGCAUGUCAAGUUGUUUUGACACUUCAAGAUUUAUUUCAAGCUGUUUUAGAAAAAAAGAAGCAAGCAAUGGAAAGUGCCAAACAAUUACAGUUUUCAAAGAAUUCUAAUGAUGAUGAUGAGAAAAAAGAAAUGGAAAAUAAUAAUAAAAAUAAAAAUGUGAAAUCGGAACAAAACACAGAUGAAAAAGAAAAUUCAGAAUCUAUUUAUAGUGAUGUAAUUAGCUCAUCAUCUGUAGAAAAUGUUCCUCCUGAAAACAACAAAUCUGUCUCUUCUCUGCCAAAACCACAGUCUAAUGUUGAUGAUUUAUUAUGUUUACAAUUAGAAGUAGAUAAACUUCAAGAAAAUAUAGAACAAAUGGAUAGUAGUAUGGCAGCUGUUUCAGAAUUGAAUUAUCCUUUUAUGCCUGAUCCUUUUAAUACAUCAACAUUUGUACUUUAUCCUCAGAAGGAUAUAUAUGAGUCUACAGCAUCAACAUCUUCAUCUGAAGAUCAGUCUGUUGGGUCUCCAUUUCCAGAUUCAAAAGUGAACCAAAAAUUGGAAGAAACAUCCUCUUUCUAUGUUACCUAUUCUGAUAAUGAUAAAUAUUCUGUAUUUAGUAACAUAGAUACAAUUUCUAGUAUAUUUGAGAAUUCACAAAGUUCUUUAUCAACAACAAAUCAAGAUGAUGAGCAGAUUAAUGUUUCAACAUCAGAUUCCGUUUCCACUCAAACAAAUAGUCAAGCAUCACCACCAAAACCUCCAAGACUACCACAAAAUGAUUUAUUUGCAGAUUUGGAUCCUUUAGGUAAAGAUCGUCCUUUUCUAGAUAAAAAAGAUUUUUUUCAUGAUAUUAAAAAUCCUCCAAAAAAAGUUUUGAAAGAUCUUGUAGAUAAAACUGUAAGUGCUUUCACCAGUGAACCAACUAAAUUUUAUACAUCUCAAUCAGCACCAGAAUCAACUGAAGUGAGUACAUGUUUUCAGUCUUAUGAUGCCACUUGUCCUCCUUUUUCUUGUGAUUUCAAUAAUAUAUCAACCCAACAGACACCUUCUCAUUCUAGUAAUUCAUUGCCUUCAUCUCUUCCAAAUUCUUCCAAAAGACUUUCUUCUUUUCCAUUAAAUGAUAAUAAAUCAUCUGGAAAUCCAUUUACUGAAAAUAGUACUGGAACUGUUAUUCUGCCACCGCCGCCACCACUACCGCCAAGACUUACAAAUAGAUCUUCCGAGCCAAAUAUUCAAAUUCCCCUAUCAUUAAAAUCUGAAAAUGCAAUUUAUGCAUCACCAACCUCUGCUUCAACUGGAAAUGUGCCAUUAAAUUAUAGAAGAGGUUCCUUACCAGCAAAUCAGGUUAUAUCUGAAUUUUCUCAAAACAAUACAUCAAUAUCUGUAAAUUCUAGCUCCAGUCAUCCUAUUCCAAUACCAACUCGAAAACUACCUGUUAAUUCUCAACAGAUAGGUAGUUACAAUGGACAAAAUCAUAUUGGUGAAUCCAAAAAACUUACCAGGUCUUUUGAACAGGAAUCUCCAAAUGUAGAUUUUUUUGGAUGUGGUUUUGGUGAAUCAUUAAACAAUCCAAAUCAAAUAUACAAUUCUGUAGAAAAUCAAGAUAUAAAUCAUUCAUUACAAAAAUCCAAUAAAAAGAAUCAAGUGAUAAAUAAAACUUCAUUAAAUAAUUCAACAGAAAAAACCUUUAUACUUCCACCUCCUGAAUCACAAAUAAAAUUAAAUAAUUUAACUAAAUUCAAGAAAAUGAAUGGAAUAGUGAAUGAUAACAGUACAACAAAGUUAUCACCUAUUUCACGUUUACCUGGUGUUACAUCACAAUAUCAAGUUUUGUCUGAAAUCUGUUUGCAAAAUGGAAACAUGUCAUCUUGUUCUGAAUCUACAAAUAUAAAUUCUAAUAAUUCUUCAAUGUCAAACUCUGGAAACAUUUUUAAUAGAAAAAAAGAUCCUUUUGCUGAUGAUUUUUUUGCAGCAUUACCAAAGAAACUUAAUGGUUACCAGUCUGUGCCAAAUGAACUAUGAAAGCAUUUAUAUAGAAGACUAAUUUUUAAGAGGAACCAAUUUAUGGAAAAAUUAAUAAGAUCAAGAAAGAAGAGUAAAUAAUUAUAUGUAUCUAUAUACAUAUAUAUAUAGUUUAAUCACUUCAUAAGAAGUAUAGUCAAAUGUAUGAAAAUUAUUUUAUCUAAAGAAUAUUUUUAAUAUUAAAAUAUAAAAAGUUUCUAAUAGAAAUUUUAUAAAUUGUAGAUAUAUAAUAUAUUUGUACAUUUGAAGCUAAAAU